CUCAGUGCGGCAGGACAACCGCAUCUCAAUGCUCCACCACACUGAACUGAGGGAGAAUGUAAAACACACGGGUUAUUUUUACAAUACUGUGUGGCUAUGAAAAAGAAAAGCCUUAUGCAUCCAGACUAUAGAAAUGAUGGAAACUUUGCUGAUUUCUCCGGUUUGUGAUUUUUUUUUCCUUUGAAAUGCUCGGAAACCUGGCUUGGACCGACGGAGUCCAUUUCAACUGGUAGGGUACAGUAUGGAUGAAUAACAGCAAGACUAGCGACCCAUUGCGCCAACGAGACUUAAAAAAGAGCAAAACGUGACCAGCCUGGCAUUUUAUGACUGAAAGAAGCCGCGAAUAAUAUUCGGAAAGACAUUUCAUCUCUUCAGCUUACAGCCAUUUAUUGUUUUCUAUAAAUUCCAGUAGUGGGAUGCUUUCGCGUUGUGUCUCUAGGGUUUAACUGUACAAUACAGGGAAAAAUAUGGGUGAAGUUCAGGACGUGAGGGAUGCGAAGAAGACCUUUGUUGCUCCAGCGAUAAAGUCUUUUGAGCACUAUGACUUCUCUCGAGCCAAAAUAUGUUGCAGCCUUACAUGGUUGGUGUCCAAAGCAUACGGAACAGAUAGCAUCCCUGCAGACCUGAGGGACCCCUUCUACACAGACCAGUAUGAUCAGGAGCACCUGAAGCCUCCUGUGGCCAGCCUCCUGCUCUCUGCAGACCUCUACUGCAGGGCUGGUAGCCUCAUUCUGAAGAGUGACACUACCAAAACACUGCUGGGUCACGAUGCCGUCAUCCAAGCGCUGGCACAGCGUGGUCUCUAUGUCACUGACCAGGAGCGACUAGUCACCGAGAGGGACCUUCGAAAGAGGCCUCUGCAAAUGAGUGCCCACCUGGCAAUGAUUGACACGCUGAUGAUAGCGUACGUGGUGGAGACUGUGAGUGUAGAGAAAGUAAUGGCUUGUAUUCGUCAGUAUUCAUCAACAUCCUGCAACCCUGAGGUGGAAACUCCAUAUGACACAGAGGAUGCAGUGACCACCUGGAUUAACAAGGUGAAUGAGUAUCUUAAAGAUAUUGUGGCUCAGGAGCAGAAGAAGAAGGAAGCCCAGAGUGCCGAGCCAGCUGGGAGUCCUCGGUCUCCAACCAAGUGGUACAUGAAGCUUGUGCCUGCUCGCUACAGGAAAGAGCAGGCCUCAACCCAGCUGGCGCCCUGCAUCCCCCCAGUGGACAACCUGCUGAAAGACAGCACAGACGGCUCGGCCCUGGGUGCACUGCUGCACUUCUACUGCCCUCAGCUGCUAUCACUGGAUGGUAAGGAAACAAAAAUGAUGUGUCAGUGGAUUGACAUUUUUCUGAAGGAGAACAUGACUCUGGCUGAUCGACUGUACAACCUGCAGCUCAUUCAGGACUUCUGCAAAGACAACCUUAACAACUGCUGCCACUUCACCCUUGAGGACAUGCUCUACGCCUCCUCCACCAUUAAGAAUAACUACCUGGUGUUCCUGGCAGAGCUGUUUUGGUGGUUUGAGGUGGUCAAGCCAUCUUUUGUACAACCAAAAAUGCUUGACAAUGAAGGCACAGAGCCCUCAUCACUGUUGAAGAAUAUGCCAGCCAUUCCCAUCUCCAAAGCAACUAAGAGAAGUUUCAUGGAAAGACCCCCGAGUCCUGAAAGACCAAGUUUACCCCUCCGACCCCAGCCUCGAAACUCAGGAGAAAUUAAGAGAUCAGCUUCAAUGUCUUUUGUUGAUGGCAACCUUGGCACAUGGCCCAAAGAGAAAAGGUCUGGGCCUUAUGGAGUGUCUUUUGAUAUCCCCUUUGACAAAGAGGACUCUGCUCCUGCCACACUCUCCUCCACCCGUGGUAUGGUCAGGUCUGUCAGCACUGAUGACGGCUCUGGCUUCAAGGUUCACCAAAUGCCCCGAGGAAUAAAGCGCAAUCUGUCCUUCCAGCCAGUGAACGGUCAGAGUAUUGGCAUUGAGGAAGAAGGAUGCCCAGACGGCCUAGCAGGCAUGGAGCCUAUCAGGCGAGCAUAUCCCAACGGACAUGGAAGUGUCAUGGCCACAACUCCUUCCAUGGAGGAAGCCCUUCAGAUUAUCCACAGCCCGAGUAGGCCACCUGUUGAGGGCACCAACAACGGUUUCUUUCUGCACAGUCAGGGUCAUGGAGCUGGUCUAGGUGGCUUGGACCCGGUGUCAGAGUUGGACUCUAAAGGACCUUUGAGCACCGCAGACACCACAGAAGUUGACACUAGCAUCCAUAUCCGAACAGAGGACAUGCUAGAUGAAGAUUCCUCUUUGAAAGACUGCUCUGUGAACAUGGAGCUGGAUGUGGACACGCCAAGCCCCUGUCCAAGCAGUCAGAGCAAAUCCCCCUCAGGAGUGAAAAUGACCAGCUUUGCUGAGCAAAAGAUGAGGAAGCUGAGCCCAUCAGCCCCAGACUCAGGCAGGGGCAGCAGCAGCUCCCUGAAGACCACUCCAGAGGGAUCUGAAUUUGGCCUUCCACUAUCAGUCUCCUGGGCCCCUACCCCUGAGCACAGUCCCAUCCAUCAACAAACAGUACCACCUGUUGCUGUUCAGGCAUCACCUACACCUGUCCAGCUUCCACCUAAUGACCCCGCUCAAGUCAUGGCAACAGAGAUGGUACACCUGAGGAUGAGGCUUGAAGAGAAACGGAAAGCCAUUGAAGCACAAAAGAAGAAAGUGGAAGCUGCUUUUACGAGGCAUCGGCAGAAGAUGGGUCACUCAGCAUUCCUUAAUGUGGUUAAGAGGAAAGGCGAUGGGGCUGCUAGUGGAGAUGAAGGAGGGAAAACUGAAGGAGAAGGAAAGUCAGCAAGCACAAGUCCUGUCUUUAAAUUUGGGAGGAGUAAGGCAGACAGCCCUGAUGGAGCAGAGCAAAGCAGCACAGCCUCGUGUUGUCAAAAGACAAAAGGUCCAGGUGAGGAAAGUGGACAAAGCCAUGCGCAGCUGACUGAAGUGGAUCUCUCAGAGUACACACGUUCCAUAGAAAAGCUCAACCAUUCUUUAGCAUUCCUCCAGACUGAGAUGCAACGAUUAGCUCAGCAGCAGGAAGUGAUCAUGGCCAUGAGGGAGCAACAGCAUCAGCAGGCAUGGGUCAUCCCUCCUCCACAUACAAACCCCUCGCCACAAAAACACACUAGAGCUGGAGCUGUUACUCGAUCCUCAGGACCCUCUUCUCCCGCCGAGUCACCACGCUCCACCCAUCGCUCUCCAACCAGCAUUAAACGUAAAUCUGCCUCUUUCCACUCACGUAAUCCUCGCGCUGCUCGACCCAGUGAGCUUAAGUUGGCCCCCUACAAUCGAGUCCUCACAGCUCCACAGUCCGUAGACAGCAUCCCACGGUUACGCCGAUUUUCUCCUUGCCAGCCAUUAGCAAGCGCCUUCAUUUACAUGGGGGAGAAGCCAGCAGCCAAUCCAGACACAGUGGACGAGGAUAAACAAAAGGUGACAGAUUUACUCUUGUCUCCAGAGAGGGAGCUAGCCAGUAUAUGUGUAGCCAACUUACCCCCCAGCUCCCCCAAACCACAAAGCAAAACAGAAGAAACUGAAGUUGAUGUAAAUGCCCAAACCCAGGAAACAGAGGCUCAUAGCCAUUUCAAGAUCUCAGACAUGGAAUCAGAUGAUCAGAAAGGCCAAAGCCAGAAGUCAUUUGUAGAACUCAAACCGACUAUAAAGUCUUCAGUCCCUGAAGUUCUGGCCCACCCUGUUGUGGAGACCAUCAUGGUGAAGCCCACAGAGAUCCCUUCAAAGCCAACACUCUCCAGCCAGACCAAAAGCAGUUUAAUUGAAGUUCCUUUGUCAGUUGUGAAGCCAGUGGAGGAUUUGGCAAAUAAUGAUGAUUUGGAGAUGGAACAGGGUAACAUAGAAAGCAUGGAUGAUGAACAAAAGCUGUGUCGGGGUUUCUUCUUCAAGGAGGAUGGGAAAGCAGAAGAGAAUAUGGCACAGAAGAGGACUGCACUGCUGGAGAAGAGGAUGAGGAGAGAGAAGGAGAGCCAGAUGAAGAAGAUGCAGCUGGAGGCUGAACUGGAGCAAAAGAAAGAGGAAGCUAGACUGAAAGCAGAGGAGGAGCGUAUCAGGAAGGAGGAAGACAAGGCCAGGAAAGAGUUCAUCAAGCAGGAGUACCUGAGAAGGAAGCAGCUGAAGCUGAUGGAGGACAUGGACACAGUCAUCAAACCUCGAUCAGCUGGCGGGGCCAAGCAGAGGCGAGGUCGACCUAAGUCUAUCCAUCGUGACAGCAUGGACUCCCCCAAAACACCUGUCAGAGCUGCCACAGCAGGUUCACGGGAACGUGUCUUUUCAGUCUCCAGCUUGUCCCUCGCUUCCCUCAACCUGUGUGACAGCGACAGUGUUCACUCUGAAAAGAGAGCACCAAGGCCGGACUCUGCAGAUGGCUUCCUGUCCCCAAGUCGCUCGAGCAGCAAGAAUGGAGAAAAGGACUGGGAAAAUGGAUCCACCACUUCAUCUGUCACAUCCAACACAGAGUAUACAGGACCGAAGUUGUACAAGGAGCCCAGUGCCAAAUCUAACAAGCACAUUAUCCAAAAUGCUCUGGCCCACUGCUGCCUCGCGGGCAAGGUCAAUGAGGGGCAGAAGAACAAGAUCCUGGAGGAAAUGGAAAAGUCUGAGGCCAACAACUUUUUGGUGUUGUUCCGUGAUGCCGGCUGCCAGUUUCGCUCUCUCUACACUUACUGCCCAGAAACAGAAGAGAUCAACAAACUUGCGGGAAUCGGCCCAAAGAGCAUCACACGCAAGAUGAUCGACGGGCUCUACAAGUACAACUCAGACAAGAAGCAGUUCAGUCAGAUACCAGCUAAGACCAUGUCAGCCAGUGUGGAUGCAGUGACCAUCCACAACCACCUGUGGCAAACCAAGAAGCCACCCACUCCUAAAAAAGUAGUGCCUGCACAAUCCUAAUGGAACUUGAUUCCCCUGCCUGUUACUAUUUCCCCUUAUUUGCACUUCACUGUACAUAUCCAUGAAGAUUCAAACACCUGCAAAGCCAGUUAGAUGAAUGCAUAUUUGUCUUUUUUUUGUUAGUUUCUCCUCUCAUUGCAUUCCUGUCAUAGUUUACCCUGCAUUCUCUGGACUGGAUGUGCCAGGACUUAAAAGAUAAUGAACAACUGGAAUGUAAACACUUUUGAAGAAUGAUGUAACCACUUGUGUUUUUAGAGAUUGUCAUUUUUGAGUCAGAUUAUGAAGACGUGUGUGAGUGCUGUUUUUAUUUCUAUGUGCCAAAUGUAAAAAAAAGAGACAAUGUGAAUGCUUGGACAUUUCUCCAUGUUACACUGAAGCACUGAAUGUUUUGAAUUUGUGUACAGAUUGU